UGAAGGGCGGCUGGGCCCACUGGUCCUCAGAGCCUCAGCUCCUGGAGUGCUUUAGCGCGCGGGGAGUCGUGGUCCGGCGUUCAGGACUGGGGGUUUUACAGUCCCGAAGAAGCGGCUGCGAUCGCGGGGCCGGGGCGGACCGCCAGGGCGCUCGGGGUCGCAUUCAGCCCGGGUACUCGCGCCCUGCCUCUCUGCCCCGCAGGCCCGGCCGGUGAGCGGAAAGAGGUCUCUGGUACGAGGUCUCCUGAGCCUGAGGGCGCUCGCGGAGAGAGGGUCGGAAUCCGCCGCCCCAGCUACGCGCUCCGCAAGGCCCCUCGGGAUUUAUGUCCCCAACGCCCAGGUAGCACGGGCUUAUAAACCUACUUUCUGCACAGUGUAAACAACAGUUACCUUUGGAGAUGGAGAGUUAGCUCAUUGCUUCCGCUGUCUGCCUGGCAAGCACAAGGACCUGAGUUCAUCCAAUCCCUGGUGCCAAAGAAAGAAGUGAAAGAAAAACAACAGUUACCUUUGGACUUUGUGAUAGCUAGCCUAAGGGGCAUGUGAACUGAAUUCACUUGUGAAUGGAGGUAAUGUUUUCAUAAGUUCUUGGAAGCUCAGCCAUGACUGUCUACUAGCAGGACUGUUGGACAGGUGCCACUCUCAGGAAGCUGAGGCAGAGGAUCACCAGGAGUUUGACACCUGUCUUAAGAAGCAACAAAAAAGGAUGAGCUAAUUAAGUAUACUGAUUGCCCUCCAGAACAACUAAGGCAAAUAUUGAAAUUGUUUACAUCUAGGAGUAAAACUUAUGAAGAUUACCAUGGCUGCAGGAGUCAUGCCCCACAAUGAGCAACCAUAUUCCAUGUUGGUGAAAAGCAGUGGGAGUGCUGCAAGCAUGAAAGGAAAUUCUGGACGCCCAACACCAAAGUACACAAAAGUGGGAGAACGUUUACGGCAUGUCAUCCCUGGACACAUGGCAUGUUCCAUGGCGUGUGGUGGUAGAGCGUGCAAGUACGAGAACCCAACCCGCUGGAGCGAGCAGGAGCAAGCCAUUAAAGGGGUUUACUCAUCUUGGGUUACUGACAAUAUCCUGGCCAUGGCUCGCCCAUCCUCGGAGCUCCUCCAGAAGUACCAUAUCAUUGAGCAGUUCCUCAGUCAUGGCAUAAAAACAAUCAUCAACCUGCAGCGUCCUGGUGAACAUGCCAGCUGUGGGAACUCCCUGGAACAAGAAAGCGGCUUCACAUACCUUCCUGAAGCAUUCAUGGAGGCUGGCAUUUAUUUCUAUAACUUUGGCUGGAAGGAUUAUGGUGUAGCCUCUCUCACUGCCAUCUUAGAUAUGGUGAAAGUAAUGACAUUUGCCUUACAAGAAGGAAAAGUAGCCAUCCACUGUCAUGCAGGGCUUGGCCGGACAGGUGUUCUGAUAGCAUGUUAUUUAGUGUUUGCAACAAGAAUGACCGCUGACCAAGCAAUUAUAUUUGUGCGGGCAAAGCGACCUAAUUCCAUUCAAACCAGAGGACAGUUGCUCUGUGUACGGGAAUUUACUCAGUUUCUGACUCCUCUCCGCAAUAUCUUCUCUUGCUGUGAUCCUAAAGCACAUGCUGUCACCUUAGCCCAAUACUUAAUUCGCCAGCGUCAUCUGCUUCAUGGUUAUGAGGCACGACUUCUGAAACAUGUGCCAAAAAUCAUCCACCUAGUUUGUAAAUUGCUACUGGACUUGGCUGAGAAUAGGCCAGUGGCGAUGAAGGAUGGAUUGGAAGGGUCUGGACUCUCUGCUGAAAUAGAAAAGACUGUUUCUGAGAUGGUCACAAUGCACCUGGAUAAAGAGUUACUGAGGCACCACAGUGACAUAGCUGACUCAUUUAACUCUACUGCAGUGGCAACAGAGUUUGAGAAUCAAGAGGUGAUUCUUUCCAGUGAGCAAGAGUUUGACCCUCUUUGGAAGAGGCGGAAUGUUGAGUGCCUUCAGCCCCUGACUCAUCUGAAAAGGCGGCUCAGCUACAGUGACUCAGACCUGAAGAGGGCAGAGGCUCUCCUAGAGCAAGGGGAAACCCCAUGGACAGUGCCUGCCCAGGACUUACUAAGCCACAGCCUCCAGCAGCAGAAGCCCAGCAGCCACUGUUACACCCUACUAUCUCCAGAGCUGAAUCUCAGUAAGGAAACAUUGCUUCGCAAUACAUUUUCUUUCUGGAACCAGUCUAAGUGUGGCAACUUGGAAGGACACAAAGAAGAUGGAUCACCCCUUUGCCAAAGGAGAGCCAUUCCAAAGGAAAUACAACGGAGUCGAACCUUCUCUGUGGGUGUUUCAGGUUCACACAACCCUGGAGAACCAGUUUCACCCCCCUUUACAAAUGUCUCUAAGAACCCAAAUCCCUCUCACCAGCACUUGGCUUACUGUCGGUGUGACCCUUAUGGUGUCUGGAGCCCAGGCUUUGUCAAGGAGGAGGUCAGGACUCACUGUAGACCUCUGGACUGUGGCUCCAGUCCCAAGGCACAGGUGCUGGUUGGACCUAAAACACAGCACAGCAAAGAUCUGUCUGAAGUAGUGCCUCAUACCAGUUUGCAGUCUGAACUAAGUGUGGAAGCAAGGAGAAUACUGGCAGCCAAAGCCCUAGCAAACUUAAAUGAGUUUGUAGAAAAGGAGGAAGUGAAAAAGAAGGUAGAAAUGUGGCAGAAAGAACUAAAUUCCCAAGAUGGAGCUUGGGAAAGAAUAUGCGGUGAGAGAGACCCUUUCAUCUUGUGUGGUUUGAUGUGGUCUUGGGUCGAGCAACUGAAAGAACCUGUAAUCACCAAAGAGGAUGUGGAUAUGUUGAUUGACAGACAGGCUGAUGCUGCCGAAGCCCUGUUCUUAUUAGAGAAGGGACAGCAGCAGACUAUCCUUUGUGUGUUGCAUUGCAUAGUGAACCUGCAGGCAAUACCUGUGGAAGUGGAGGAAGCUUGCCUUGCCCAUGCUAUUAAAGCUUUUACCAAGGUCAAUUUUGAUUCUGAAAAUGGACCGAUAGUGUACAACACACUGAAGAAAAUAUUUAAGCAUACGUUGGAAGAAAAGAGAAAAAUGGCAAAAGACAGCCCCACACCUGACCUCUUAUGAAGUUGACUUUCUUCUCACCAUGAAUAUUUCAGACCUAAAGACCCAGAUAACAUUUCUGCUCAUAUGUGGAUAAGCUGAAGUUUGUGGAGCUACUCUUUCUCAUGACACUUUAUUUUGGAUGCUGUUGGCUUAUGCUGAGAAUGAUCAUUCCUGCUUGGAGCUAUUAUUUAUUUUAAAAUAUCUUGAGCUACAUUCCUUAGUCUUUAAAAAUUGCCAUAAAGUUGGUGCCACUUUUAUUUAUUUCAGUGAAAUAACAUUGUAUUAACAUUUUGCAUGUGUGGUGUUUACAUCCUUAUUCUCUUUCACAUUUUGGAAAAGAGCUUUUUCUUCUAAAACAAUUAUUUUCCUGACAGAACUCUUCCUAGAGCUUCUACCAAAUAGAUCAUUUUAGUAGUACAACCUCUCUGUGUAUACACCCCUGGGCACAUGACCUAAGAAAGUCACCAAGUGUCUUAAACUGCUUUAUAUUUGUUACUAAGAAGGCUAAAGGACUUUUUAAAACUUUGAAAGCUUUUGGAGUUUUUUCUUUUUAGAAAUGUGACAAUGUGAAAUGUCUAUUUUCAGAGUGACUUAGUUUUAUUUUAAUGGACUGACUAUAAAGUAGUCAGGAUGUUUUAUUUGUAGAAGGUAGACUCAUUCUUCAUCAGGCUUCUCUACAACUUCAGCCUGGGCUGUCACAGGAGACGGGGAGUUUUCAAUACACCAGGCCUUAUCCUCACUCCCCUGUGCUACUGCUGAGCUAAACCGUGUCUUUCCAGAGAAUCGUGGAUCAGAAGCAGGCAGUGUGAAAGUCACUAUGGAGCCAGGUUUACUUUUGUCCCCCAGCAAUUUUACAGAAAGGACAGUUGUGCUAGAGCAGAGCUCUGUGCCAGCUCUGGGUACCAGAGGCAACUUUACGCUGGAGGGAGUCAGGAAGGGGCCACCAUCUGUGCCGAUGGGGUCUAAGCAUGACCCCUCCACCACGCUGGCCAAGCCACACACACCCAUAUCUGCCAUUCAACAGACUCACUAGCCUCAGGCCCCUACUUUUGACUGAUUUUUUACUAUGAGAAAUUAGUUUUUAAAUUGAUACUGCAGGUUGUAUUCACCCUGACUUAGCUUCAGAUAAGAGUAGGUGACUGCCUAAAAUCGUUCCUUAUAGGCCAAACUAUCAAGCAGCAGUUGAAGCCAUAACUUUUAUUUAAUUAAAUAAUAUAUGGGAGUAGCAGUGGCCAAACCAGAGAAAACAGAGUAGCAUUUUUAAUAAAGGUGGUAAUAAUCAGACCAAUUUUAAACUGAAGAAGCUGCUACUUAAUUUCAAGAUGGAAUUUCAGGGAAAGCAAGACUAAUUUAGGAAAAAUGAAAUUUCUCCAAUUCAUGCAUUUGUAAAUUACACUAACUCUUACAGCAAGGUUAAUGUCAUUUUCUUCCACGCUGUUUGAAUUUUAUUGGAAAAUCAAGACCAGUGAAUGUUAAUGAACUGAUUUGCCCACUUCUGAAAUGUCUCAUUUUCAAGUGCCUAGCCUGUGAAAGGAGGAGAAACAAUUGCAUUUUAUCUACAGGUACAUUACGAAUGUAGGAUUUUUAUGUAUAUCCAUCAGCCUCAACACACACCACACUACCACAGCUCUUCGACCAGCUUUUGUUUUGUUUACCAAAAAGCCAGCUAUUUUCCUUUGCAUCUGAAACAGUUUCAAAUUAAGAGAAAUGUCGUGUUGUGGACCACAGCGCUGCAUGCCUAAAAAUUCAAGUACACAAGCCUGAAAUGAAGUACAAGCAUUGUAUUUAUUUAAAUAAAAAUGAGAAGAGCAACCAGCAACUCUAAUCUUGUACUUCUUUACCUUGAUGCUCUGGGGCACAGUGCAUAUCCUAUUGACGAGGUUCUCCUCUUGGAUUUGCCUGAUGAGCAGGGUGAAUUGUAGGUGAAAAUCAGCUAGCCAAGCUCUAGUUAUUCCCCAAUCCAUCUUCAGUUGGUUUAGAAUAACCAAGGACAGAAAAAUGAAUUCUAAGAAUGGUUGAGAAAAAUCUCCAAGCCAGCAAGAUUCCUACUGUCCUAUAUUUGAAUGGAUGAGGAAUUUUUUGUUGCCCAGUGUAUGGAAACAUCACAUAUUGGGAGAAGUUUUAGGGUUGCAAAAUUUUGUUUUAACACAAGUCAAAAGGUCAGGAGCAUGCAUUAGUAUGGGCAACCAUUUGCAUUAUCUCAAUUCGCUCCAAAAACAGAAUUAUUUGUAUUUAUAUGAUGAAAGAUACAAGUGUGACAGGCUACCCGACUGCACCCUCUUCCUUUCUUAUAAGGGACUCAACUACCAGGUGGAUCUGUCCAGCCUAGAGCAUUCUGAGGGAUCUCCAUCUCUUUCAGCACUAGAAUCCAUGAUAUCAGUAGAGAGCACCUUUUGUCCAUGACUUCAGAGGAAAUAGCACUUCUCUGUUCUCUGGAAAAGGUUCAGCUAGCUCUGUUACCAUAUUGCAAUGGUCUACAGUGUAUCAUGUGAGAGGAAAUAUACACUUCUUGCCACUGUUGGUUUUUUCUAUUUCAGAAAGCUUAGUCAUACUUUUUGGGAGAAAUUGCUGCUGGUGUGGAGCUCAUUUUAUUUAUUUGCAUAACUUGAAAAUUUUAUAAUAAUUUACUUUGUCGUAUCUUUAACCAGCUGGUUUUCAUAGAAGAGUACAUGUUGGAUGUAUCAGCCUGGGUUCCAUGAAAGUAGCCAUAUAUCAUAAUUCAAUAAAGUUUGCUUUAAAUUGAUUAUGCUCGCUGAUAAGCUUGGGUGCUAUUU